GUUUGGGAUCCAUUGGAGUUCCGUCCAGCGCUCUGACCGGCAGCCCGCAGACUUCGGAGACCACCCGAGAGCGGCGACUGCAAUGGGAGGCUAGCGAGGCCCCGGCCAGCACGGACUGUCCUGAGGUGCGGCGUGCGACGCCAUGGAUCUCAAACUCAAAGCUGGACCGCUUUUGGCCGCCCGUACCCGGAUCUCACUGUGAAAGCCGCUGCGUUCUCCGAGAAAGACCCCGACCCCACGUCUUCUAACCUUUGCAUCGUCGUGUUGCCGAGAUGCCGUUCAUGCCGGUGAAGUUCACCCUGCAGAAGCGGGUGAAGCUGGCGCAGGGUCUGUGGAUGCUCUAUUGGUUCUCCGUCAUCGUGAGCGUCCUCAUCUUCAGCCUGGGCCUCUUCUUCAAGGUGGAGCUGCGCAAGAGAAGCGAGCUGAUGGACAACGAUGAGAGCCACCUGGUGCCCAACCUACUCAUUCUGGCCGGACUGCUGGCCUGCGGCCUCAACGCUUUCGGGGGCAAAGUGUGCCACGACUCUCUGGACCCCGUCAAGUUCUCCAAGUGGAAGCCCAUGCUGAGAACCUUCCUGCUGCUCUGCUGCGGCUUCAACCUGCUGCUGCUGCUGGCGGCACUGCUCUGCUUCCUCAUGCAGUUCGCCGUCUACCUGACGCUGUCCGAGGGCCUGAAGAACAGCAUCCGCUUCUACAAGGACACCGACACGCCGGGCCGAUGCUUCAUGAAGCGGACUCUGGACUUGACCCAGAUCGAGUUCCGCUGCUGCGGCAACAACAACUUCAGGGACUGGUUCGAGGUCCAGUGGAUUAGCAACCGCUACCUGGACAUGAGCAACGAGGAGGUCAAAGACCGCGUCCUCAGUAACGUGGAGGGGAAGUUCCUCAUGGACAGUGUCCCAUUCAGCUGCUGCAACCCUGGCUCUCCUCGGCCGUGCAUCCAGCAUCACGUGACCAAUAACUCCGCCCACUACGACUACGACCACCGCACCGAGGACCUCAACAUCUGGACCAAGGGCUGCCGCGAGUCCCUCUUCUCCUACUACAGCGGCCUGAUGACCUCCAUCGGCGCCGUCGUCAUCGCCACCAUCAUCCUGGAGUCGGUGGACAUGGCGGGGCUGAAGUACCUGAGCACGGCCCUGGAGACCAUGGCGGACCCGGAGAACCCCGAGUGUGAGAGCGAGGGCUGGCUGCUGGAGAAAAGCGUCAAGGAAACGCUGAUGGAUUUUCUGGGGAAGGUCAAGACUUUGGGCAAGUCCAACAACGUGGAGGAGGGCGAGGAGGCGGCCGGCUGAGAGCCUCGCCCACUAUAGACACACACACACACUGUAAAUAAACACAACAUUAAGAGUCUUCUCUCACAAUAAACUGACAUGAAACAACUUUUAUUUUUUUUAAAUUGUAGGCCACUGGAGUGUACACACACGCACACACACACACAUGCAAGGACACGCACACAGUUGUUUUAAAGUUAGUGAUGGGUCUUUUUCCCACUUUAAGCUUUUGUAUGGAAGUAUUAUUGUAGUAAAAUGUACCUCAAUCUGUGUGUCUGUAAUCUGAUUUAUGUGUCCGUGUAUUCAUUUGUGUGUCUGUAUGUCAAAAUGUGUGUGUGCAUUCAGAUGCAUGGGUGCAUGUUUUAAUUUGUGUGUCUGUAUCUCAAUAUGUGUAAUCAGAUCCGCAUGUGAGUGUUUUAAUGUGUGUCUGUAUCUCAAUCUGUGUGUAAUCAGAUCCGUGCACAUUAACGUGUGUGUAAUCAGAUCUGCAUGUGCGUGUUUUAAUUUGUGUGUCUGUAUCUCAAUAUGUGUGUAAUCAGAUCCGCAUGAUCAGAUCUGCGUGUGUGUUUUAUUUUGUGUAUCUAUCCUAAUGUAUGUGUGUAAUCAGAUCUGUGUGUGUGUUUUAAUUUGUGUGUCUGUAUCUCAAUCUGUGUAAUCAGACCUGUGCACAUUAACAUGUGUGUGUAAUAAGACCUGCGUGUACGUGUUUUUAUUUGUGUGUCCGUAUCUCAAUCUGAGUGUGUAAUCAUAUCUGUGCGUGCGUGUUUUAAUUUGUAUAUCCGUAUUUCAAUGUGUGUUUUAAAAAUAAAAUGUUUGUUCGUUUUUCUCGAGUGUCAAGUGUCGCAAGAGCCACGUGUAAAAAAACAAAUCAGGGUUCUUGCCUCACAUCAAUCUGAAUACACAGACACACGGAUCAAAAUACAGACAGCGGUUUUUGUGUUUACACACAAGUCGAAAUAGGGACACACAAAUUAAAACCCACAAUCUGAUUACACACACAGAGACACACAAAUUAGUAGAGACAGUUGAAUCGGAUUACAGACGCACAGAUUUUUUUUACACAAACAGAUCAAAAGAGGAACAGUUUUUUUUUUACGCACCUAAAUCAAAAUACGGACACACAAAUUAAAACACGCACACCCGUACCUGAUAACACACACAGAUUGAGAUACACACAAUUUAGUACACGGGCACGUGAAUCGGAUUACAGACGCACAGAUGUUUUUUUUCACACACUCAAAUCAAAAUACGGACAGGGGUUUUAUUUAAUUUUUUUUUACACACAAAAAUUGAAAUACGGACACACAAAUUAAAACAAGCACACGCGGAGCUGAUUACCCACACAUAUUGAAAUACAGACACCCAAAUCAGGACACGGACACGUGAAUCGCAUUUGAUGCAAAGAUUAUUUUUUUUUACACACACCAAAAUGCAGCCAUUUUUUUA